AUCUCAGUUGCUGCUGUCAAUCACCGCUCUAUUAGAACAUUUCUUGCUUAGGUCUUGCUUCUUAGUUUAUAGACAAGAUGUUCUCUCAGACCCUUCGUCGUGCUGCGGCCCAGACUGCUGGUGCCUACCGCUCUCCUUUCGCUCCCAAGUACACUACUCCUCUCAAUUUCCACGGUGUGACCGCCAGCGCUGCCACCAAGUAUGCCCAGAUUGCCGCCACUUUCGGUGCCAGCGCUGGUGUCUUCGCUCUCUUCUUCUUUGGUGAAGUUCCCCGUGUCCGCAACGAUAUCUUGCGUCAGCUUCCUUUCUUUGACGAGUACUUCGACCGCUCCAUUGCCCCCGAGGACAACCCCUUCUAAACUUUCCCUUACGAAGUACGAUUAAUCAACCAUGUCCUACUCGCAGGGAUUUCUUAUGUUUGCGCAUAUGCUCCCUAUCAGCUAUAUAGUGGAGGAAGGAGUCGGUUCUGUACUGUGUAGAAUAGCAGCGAUGAAUUGUGACAGCACAUAGACACGCCUCCUUAAUUAUCACUUCCUUUGUUUCUGUUUGGGAUAGUCCCAUACCACCGUUAGGUACUGCAAGUGGACCUCCGGUGAUCAGUUGCAUUUCCGGCAUGUCGGGGGAGUCCAAAGCCAACAGUCCUGGUAAAUAUAGGGAUUGAUAUAUCUGUCAAAUGAUGGUUGAUACUAGUGUGGUGACAAAAUCCAUCCACGGUCAGGGUUUCCCGUAAGGGCAGGUCCAGCCUACUUCUAUCGCAGUAAGAAUAUGCUUUUAACAAAUAAACACUGAUCGGAUUAAUAGACGUUAUCAUGUCGAAUAAAAUCCUCCGUAAUUCCUUUAUCUUUUAGUUCCUCCUCUUAUCAGAGCUUGAACAUUCGUCCGUCGAGACGCCACCCACUUCGAGCUGAUAAGAAACCCUGGCAUUUUGUCUCGGCCUCCUUACUGGAGCGAGAGAGGGC